AUGUACCAUGGCCACCAGCAAGUCGAGCGCCACAUCAACGACGCUUUGCGUGCUCUCGCGAAUAUACAAAUCUCCACUACUAUUGAAGGGCAGCCCGCGCGCAACAUGUCCGAGCUCCUCCCGCCGCCGGCCGUAGGCGGUCACUUCCUCGACUCGGCGACCCCAUCCGCUGCGUCAUCCCCUACCGCGUCAUACCCGCCCCCGUCGCCAUGGUCGCCUCCAGCCGGCGGGUACCGCCCACCCGACGGUCCCCCGCCAGGCUUUCCGUCCGCGCACCUGGAGCACCAGGAUGGGCCUCCACGCGCCGUCGACGACUUCGGUGUGCGCACCGGCCCUCAAGGACCUCGCGAAUCGUUCCAGGGGCCGCGAUACAGCACGAUGCCUGCGCGAGGUGCGGGCGGGGACGUUCCACCAAUGCAGCCAGGUGGCUUCUUGCAGGGCCCGCCGCGUCUGAACACCGAGGACGAUAAUUCCUCGUUCGCCGCGAGCGUCACUGAGGCUUUAAACACUGCGGAGCGUAGGAGCAGCGACCUCACGCGGCCAUCCGGAUACAUGCCUCCGGGUGCAAUGGCGCCGUAUCCGCCAACUGGUGGAGGCCCAGGAGCUGGUGCCGCGAAUGAUCAGAGUCUAGGCAACCCUUGGCAGGAUAUGCCGUCCGGGCACCAGCACACGAUCUCGUCGGUGUCGAGUAAUGCGGGCCUGGCGUACAUGGCGAGCGACGAUGAGCCUGAUCACAGAGAUCAUGUCAAGUUCGAUGGCGCGACGACGGAUAUGGAUAGUGGGGUGCGGUCCUCUUUGCAUGACCCGCGCAGUGACGCCGCCCCUCCGGUGUCGAAUUCGCCCAAACGUGUACCGCCACCGCCGCUGCAUCCCGCGGAUGAAGAGGCGAUGCUGAACGCGGCAGCAGCUCGUGAGGUUGAGCGCGAGCUGAACGCGCUGCACUUCAGCCCGCCGCCAUCUGACGCGUCCGUCUCCUUGGCGUCGGACGUGCCUCAGCUACCUCCCGUCGCACCGCUCUCGACUGCAUCACCCUGUGUGCCACCGGCGCCGCUUCGCACCUCAGGAGACAGCAACGGGCCCGGAAGUCGUCGGGCUAGCAUGGACAAGAGCGCGUAUAGUGUAGCGGGCAGACGCGCGAGCGCGAGCUUGGACGCCGCGCCCCAUUCGCCCGUGGAUGCGCCGCCCACGUAUACGCCUGCGCAAACUUACGCUCACUCGCAGCGGGAGUCGCUCUCCCUGUCUACGGAUGAGGUUCCGCGCCCGACGCUCACUGAGGAACCCAUCCCUGCGUCGCCGAGGUCGAUGCCGAGCCAGACGCUGCCAGGCUCCCCGCGCGUUACGUCCCCGUCUCCGCUCGCUUCCCCCGCACCGGCGCCCAUGUCGCCCUCGCCCCUGGCGUCGCCCCUCUCGUCAACAUCCCCGCUGCCGCGUCCAAGCUUUCCGAGCGAGCCUGGCCGCCCGAGCUCGCCGCUUGCGAGCUUCCGCACCGCGCCCGAGUUCAAGCGCGACCUCAGCUCCGCGCGGUCGAACUCGUCGCUCGCGUCUGCGGCGUCGGGGGCGCCGCCGACGCCAGGCGGUGCGCGUACCAUCUCGGCGGCGGCGUUCCGCAGGCCGAGGGGCCCGACGGUCGAGGGCAGCGGCGGUCAAGGGGGCGCGGUGGCGGAUACUAGCCCGCUGCACUUGAAGAAGCGGAACCCCAGCGCGACGGUUGCGCCGCCAUCGUCCUUCGGUGGUCGGUCGGUGAGCCAGGGCGGCGAUGCGCCGCAGAUUCCGCCCGUGUCUGGCGGUGGGGAGGAUGAGGACUUCGACUAUAUUGGAGCGUAUGGCGGCGCGGACGAGCGGCCCCAGUCUGGGCAUAGCCGAGGCGGUGGAUAUGGGGAGGGGAGGUUUGCGACGAACCUGGAUAACGAUGGAUUGCGCUAA